UGUACGCACCUUCUGAAAUGAAGAUGGUUUCAGUAGAUUUUAAGAAAGAUGAAAUAUUUAAAAUAAGAUUUGAUAUUAGGCAUAGUUACAUUAAUGAAAAAAUCCUUCAGACAAUGGAUUAUAUUAAACUUGAUGAUCAUGAUACCUUUGAAGGUAUUCCAAUCUUAACUAACGGCAUCAAAUAUAUAAUGAUUUACAACAAGUUUUGGCCAUUCAUCGUUGUGGAUGAAUAUUAUUCUCAAAUAAUAAACUUAGAAUCUGGGAUAAUUGGAUGUCGUGAAGCAAUGGAAAUCUUUAAUUAAUAUUUAACAUAAGAAUUAUGGAGGUUUUAAUGACAUUCACAUUAUUGUCGUUCAUCUUCUUUGCAGCCAAUUGCGAAGAUUUAGUAUACAAUAAACCGUUUUUAAUAAAAAAUGGACUUUACCAUGAAAAAGUGAACAACAUAUACUCUUUUCAGAAAAACAACCUUUUUAUCUCACAUUUUAAUUUUAAUGAUAUUACAGAAAUACAGAAUAAUCUUAUUAAAAUUUAUGACAUAACAAUACCAUUUUGCGAAAUAGUUACAAACAACACAUGCGAAUCUAAGGAAAUCUUAGAAUUAAAAACUUUAAUAAACAAUACAACAAAAGAAAUAAAUAAGUUGCUGGAAAAAGCAGAAACACCAUCCAUAUUAAACAACGAAGUAAUUACUAAAAUAUUUUCUGUAUUUUUCAAAGCAAAUCUUACUCAGAAUCAAAUAUUUCAGGAUAAAGAUCAUUGUAUAUAUAUUUUUCCAAAUAUAAUGUCAGAACCAUUAACAGAAAUUAUGAAUUAUUCUAAUAAAGCAAUUGAGAAAUUAAGUUGGAAAGUUAAUGAAGAGAAUCUAUUUGAGCAAAACUUUACUGACAAUUUAAUCGAUUUAGAAACCAAUUUUGUGAAAUAUAAUAAUAUCUUACAAGAAAUAUUGUAUUAUUUUCAGAAUGAUUCAAUCUCUGCGGACGUUCUGAAAGAAAAUUUCCUCAAUGAAAACUUAAUUAACCUUAUCAAUUCAACUAAUUUAGCAGAUAUUUCAUCAGUAAUUUCAAUAAAAUUCCUCAAAUUAAAAAAUUAUAUACUUUUAAUAGCAGACAUGCCUUUGAUUCUGAGUCAUGCAUUUACACUAUACAAAGUUUAUCCAUCACCAACUUAUGCUACAUUACUUACGAAUUUUACAAUAACCAUGUAUAUCCAACAAAAACAUAAUUAUAUAGGAUUAUCUUCGGAUAAUAAAACAUAUUUUACAGGUGAUGAAAAUUCUUUGAAUAAGUGUUAUUUAACUAACUCCAAAUCUAUACUAUGUUCGCAUUUUCCAAAAAUAAGAGAUGUUAUUCUAGAACCAAUUUGUGAAGUUUCAAUGUUAUUAAAUAUUACGAAUAAACAAUGCAAUUAUUUCAUUAGUGUAAAGGAAUUUCCAAUAUGGUUAUCAUUAGAAAAUCAUGUAGGAUGGUUAUAUGCUAUUCCAACUACAAUAAAAAUAUCCAUGUUAUGCCCGAAUAAUCAGAAAAUUGAAACAUAUAUAGCAGGCACGGGAAUUUUACAAAUGAACCCUAAAUGCCAAAUUUUAAAUAACACAUUACCAGAUUUAUCAUAUGCUAUUAUUAACAAAGAAAUUGAUACUUAUAUCUCAACUCCAAGUUUUGAACCGUAUGUAGAAAAUUUAUUAUACCCAUUACUUACUAAAAUCAAAAAUAAAACCAUAAGCUGGGAUUUAAUAUUGGAAACAUCAAAUUUAGAUUUAAAUCUGUCAUUGCAUUCUUUUGAAGAUCUUUUAGGAGAUCAACCUUUAUAUAAAGAAUCGUAUAAUUCUAAUCAGAAAUUACUUAUAUUAACAUUAAGUUUAAUUUCAUUAGCAGGACUCUUAAUGAUAUGUGUAACAUAUUUUAUGUUCUUUAAGGCACAUGGUACAUACAGUAUACUCAGGGAUAAUGCUCAAUAUUCAGUAUCUUAUAGGGAAUUUUCUAUCGAUCCUAUCGAGUCACCACGACAUUAUGUCAGCAUUAGACCUAAUUUACCAGUAAUUUUAGAAGAAGCAAUUUAA